AUGUUGGGCCAGACCGCACCCAACAGCCCCAGGGGUGACUCCCCUUCGACGGGAACGGCGUUCAGCAUCACCACUUUGCUGGCCCGCACCAACAACCGGCCCACCAUCGCAGUCUUCCUAGACCUCGAGAAAGCAUUCGCGCUGGCCAGCCCUCACGCGAUCAUUGCAGCCCUCGUGAUGAAGGGGAUUCGAGGAAGACGGCACGCCUGGCUCCAAGACUACCUCCAACAUCGCCGGGCCAGAGUAAGUUUUCAGGGCCACAGAUUUUCCUACAGGGGAUUCGAGAACGGGAAGCCCAAGGACGGCAUCCUCAGCCCGUUCUUGUUCAGCUUACUGAUGGAGGAACUGGUGGAGCUGCCCUUCCGGGAGGGCACAGACCUCCUCAGCAACGCUGAUGACCUCGCCCUCGUCGUCACCGGGCGAGGAAACAAGCUCACCCGUGCCCAAGAAGCCCUGGACCUCAUCAGCGACAAGUGUGAGGAACUGGGCCUCAAGAUCUCGGCGGACAAUUCCCGGGCCAUGGCCAUCAAGGACACCACGCCUGCCUGCCAGCUGCGUGUCCAGGGAGUCGGGCUGGCCUGGACAGACUCCUACAAGUACCUCGGGGUGUGA